AUGGCUACCACCGCGGUCAGGGUGGCCUUGCGUGUGAGACCACUGUCAUCCAAAGAGCGAUCCGACAAUGCUCAACAAUGCGUUACCUUUGCCGACAAUGAACCUCAAAUAUUCCUUGGCCAUGAUCGCGCCUUCACCUUUGAUUCAGUGUUCGACCCGUCAGUAACCCAAGACCAUGUUUUUGAGACGUGUGUGGCCCCACUUCUUUGUCGUUUUCGUGAAGGCAAUAACGUUACCAUCCUGGCAUACGGCCAAACUGGAUCCGGCAAGACUUACAGCAUGGGUACUGGUGCUCUUGCAUCUCAUGAUCAAGAUGGUAUCAUCCAACGAUUUGCACAUUCCCUUUUCAAUGAGCUCGAGUCAACAUGCAGCAAGCAAGGAGACACCUAUCAAGUCUAUGUAUCAUUCCUUGAGCUAUACCAUGAGGAUUUGAAUGACCUAUUGGAACCAAACCGUAUUGCUGCUGAAACCCAUCCAUCCAUUCGUGAAGACGUUGACGGCAACAUCUUUUGGUUGGGUGUUCGCGAAGAACAAGUACAUAAUGCAGACGACAUGUUAAUGAUGUUACGGAAAGGAGUGCAUCAUCGAGCCACUGGAUCCACUGAUGUUAAUGCAACAUCAUCACGUUCUCAUGCCAUCUUCUCUGUUCUUUUGAAACAACAAAUUGCAAAUCAAGAGUCAUCUGCAACCGAUUCACAACCAUCCACUAAACGCCUUGCAUCCAAAUUCCAUUUUGUUGACUUGGCAGGAUCAGAAAGGCUUAAACGUACGAUUGGGGAUCGACAAAAAGAAGGCAUCUCAAUCAAUACUGGAUUACUGGCGUUGGGGAAUGUGAUAUCAGCAUUGGGUGACGAAUCCCGCAAGGGGGCACAUGUCCCUUACCGCGACAGCAAGUUGACGAGAUUGCUGCAGGAUAGCCUUGGAGGAAACAGCCACACCUUGAUGCUUGCUUGUGUUAGCCCUUCGGAUGCCGAUUACAUGAAGACGUUGAGUACUUUGAAAUACGCUGGUCGUGCUCGCAACAUCCAGAACCGAGUUGAGAUCAACCAUGAUUAUGAAGGCAGCCCUGAGGAGUUGAAUUUUCUUCGCAACAAAGUAUCACAGCUGAAAAUGCAAAUAUCCAUGCUGCAAAAGGUGACUGGUGAUGAUCAAGGCCGACGAUUGUUAUAUGAAAGGGAUGAAUUAGCACGCAUGCACAAGUUCAAUCAAGAUGUAUCAGCCGAGCUUGCUCAAGUCCAGAGCGAACGAGACACUUUGAUGGCUCAAUUGUCACCCAACCAUGUGAUAUCAGAAGCCCAUCCUGUGAUCCGAGAGUAUGCCGAAACGGUUCAGGAUUUGAAACUUGAGUUGGCCGAAGCACAUAGCCGAAUAGCAAACUUGGAAGCAGCAGCAUGCAUCAGCAACAACUCCUCCUCCGCUAUGAGUACGAGUACUAUCACUGUGGCAGGUGGUGGUGAUACUAGUGGCCCAUCUCGUGCCCUUUCAGGUCUAGAAGCUUUCAUAUCCAAUUCCACUGUUGUCACUUCUUCCACUGGACAUCAUCACCAUCAUCAACGAGAUUUUAUUCACAAGCCAAUUGUGACCUCGUCAGGGCGUCGUCGCAGCAAAUAUGUACCCAUUGCACAACGAAUUCGUACACAUCACUCAUCUUCCAACAAGCGCGCCACAAAAAACAAGUACGCAUCAGAUUGGACACCUAUCGAUUCUACAUCCACAGAGGAAAUGGUGACAGAUAAAGAUCUGAUGACCACAAAUGAGUCAGCAUUCGAUACAGAAGCCUUCCACAAGGUACUUGUCUGGGACGACUAUGCAAACAAUUUGCUAUUUGUUUGGUCACAGUCUCAAGAUGAAACCGUGUUACAAGAUACAUCAGCUGCAACUGGUCAAGAAAGAACAACGCUUGCAUCAACAACGGCUUUGAAUAAUGCUCAGCAGCAGCAACAUGACUACGAUGAGAAUUCAAUGCUCGAUAACAAGCCUGGUGCCGAUAUUCGUCAAGAUUCCUUUCCAUUGUCCGAUUGCCACAUUCAAGAUGAUCUCGAUACUGAUAAUGAGUUAGAAGCCUUGGACGUGCCAACAUGGACUGAUGAUACACCCAAAGCCCAGUCGAUCAACAAUGAUUCCAGCAAACGUGAAUCCCUAUCAUGGACCGAUUCGAUACUUGAUGAUUCGGAUAAUUCAAUCGGCACUUCACGCUUAUCAUCGAGCUGGACAACCGUAUCACGGCAACAACAAGGUGCGAUUGGUGGUGAUGGAUCUUCAUCAACAGCUGGACGUCGACGUAGCAAGGAUUUACUCAAGAUGUUGCAUCAAGUGCAAGCGGAUUUGCUUGUGAAGCAGGAGCUUGUUGGCCAAUUGGAGAAAUCAGAAGGCGAGUUUUCACAAAUGAGAUCGACAUAUGAGGACAAAUUAAACGAGUUGCAUGAGCACCUGAUGGAAACUCAAAAGGAGCGGGACGUGGCUCUACAACGAAAAAGGGCCACAGCCGCCAAUCCCGCCACUAUCAAUCGGCGUGCCGUUACAGGAAAUACAGCAACAGCGGGUCGAUCAUCUGCAGCAGCCAAUGCUAUGCAACUUCGUGAAGCACCACGCCAAGUGGAUGAAGUACGUCGACAAUAUGAGCAAAAGUUGAAAAAGCUAUCCUCCGAGAAUCAAGAAUUGAAACGCAAGUAUACCCAAACCAACCAUACCUUACAAUCGGCACGGUCAAAAGCGGAAGCGUAUGUCAACAAGUUGCAACGUGAAAUCGAUGCUCUAAAGCUUGACAAGAAGCAAAUGUUGAAGGCCGCCAAAAUGGAAGCUGAUAAGACUCGGGAACAAAAUACACAAUACGAGCGUGAUAUUCAGACUCUGAAACGACGUGAAUCUACUCUCGCUGAUGCCAAAAAGAAAAUUGAGGACCAAUACGAUGCCCAAGCACAGCUGCUUCGAAGGCGUAACGACGAGGUCGCAUCCAUGGCAACACAACUACGACAACUGAACUUUAGCUUACGUAAAGCAGCAACAGAAGGGAUAUUCCUAAAUGAAGCUUCCUUGGAAAAGAUUUUAAGCAACAUCACGACACAACGUGCCAGCAAAUCACCCACGGCAAUGCGCCGCACAUCACCCGACAAUCAUUGA